AUGCCGCUCGCAGCCGCUCGCCUCCUCCCCCUCCUCCUCCCCCUCCUCCUCCCCCUCCUCCUCCUCCUCCAUCUCCGUUCGCUUCCACUUCAUCGAGGAGCCCCAUCCCGGCAACCCUGGCGGGAGGGGGUCAGGCAAAUUCAGUUGCAAUGGGAUUCGGUCACCCAAGGCAACUUCACGGAUCAGACGCGUCCUCCCAUGCCCGAGGACCCUGCUCGCCUCGUCGCCAUGGCCUCGCAGUUUCUCAACCUCCACUUCCCCAACAUUUCCUCCCUCCUCCCGUCCAUCAACUCCUCCUCCUUCGUCCCCCUCAACGCCUCCGGCCCCAGGAUCGGUCUCAACCUCGCUCCUGCCAUACCGCCAGGGAUCGGCAUGACCCUGCAUCAGUCAUCGCACAACUGUCGGGUGCUGGACGAGCCGCAUUUACCAGACAGCGUGUGGGUAUGCCAGUACGAGAACCAGGGUCAGAGCAUGUUACAGUUCGUCGCAAUUCAUCGCUUCAACCAGAGAAUCGCUUUCGACGUCCCGGGCACGUUGGAUGACGCGCGUGCUGCGGUAUCGCCGAGUCUCCUGCGAAUUCACGAUACUCUCUUCACAGGUCUUGUUCGCAAGGCGAAGUCCGAGGCUGUUGACUCGCUCCCCGUCCUCCACUGGCCGGAAGCUCCGAGACCAAACGAGUCCUCCCCUCUCGUCAACCAAUCUGCUCCUCCCCUACUCAACCAGUCUGACCCGCAAUGUGCCAUCUGCUGCGAGCAGCAGGAGGAUGGACAGCUUGUUGCUUGGCUACCCUGCGGUCAUAACUUUCACGACGAGUGCCUCAAGCCAUGGCUGGAGAGAGCAAGCACCUGUCCCUCCUGCAGGAUCCUUCUGCUCAUCCACAUAUUUGUGCUCCUCCUCUUCUACUCUUCUCCUCCCUGCCCCCCUCCGUCUCUCCUUUUCCUCGACCACCACCUCCGUCUCCUCGUCCUCCAACUAGCCUACCUGGCUGGUUCAUCCUCCCAGGGUCACCGUCCUCGCAGGUUCACCCUCCCAGCUGAGCUCCACCCGCUGGAGAGUGAGCAGGCGGAUGAGGGUCUACCACCAGAGGGCGACAUAUUUCAGAAUGACCUCCUGGGCUCGAUGAUGGGCAUGGACGGCACGAGACCGCACGUGCACUUUCAUAGGUGUAAUCACACGCUCUGCAACGCGUGCUUCAGCAUCUUCAGGCGGACCUGCACUCAAGUUAGCAUCAGUCGUAGCAUCGAGGAAUCGAUCGUGAGGACCCAAGAAAGUCCAGCUACCUCCAACGUGGCGAAUGGAACCCAAGAAGUUGGGGAGGCAGAAGCAGCGCAAGGUAGUGGUGUGGGGGGGCAGGAGCUACUUCAACAGCUUGCCCUGGGUCAGCUCCAGCCGCAGCAGUGCGAGGAUGAGACGAGGACGGGUAGGGAGGUAGGAGGAAGUCAAGGCAGCGGGGAGCAGGAUCAGCAGGAACUAGCGGCAGCCUCGACCGUAUCGACUGAUCAGACAGAUCGACCGCAAGCAGUGGAGGCAGGGAUGAAGAACGUGUCUGCCGAGCAGGAGGCGGCGGGCAAUGAGAACAUUCCUCUUCCUCUUCCUCCUCUUCCUCUCAGAUCCCCGAGAGAUCUCCGAGCUCGGCGAGUCCUCUUGCGAGCAAUCAACGAUUAUCUUGCACAGCUCGCUGACGAGGACGAGGACCCAGCGAUCCGGAUCGCCAGUUACGCGCUGAAGCAGCGCAAGGAGGAGGGAGAGGAGGAUGAUGCUGAGCCCAUCCCCCUAGAAGCUAUGCUAGAGCUGUCGAGGAGCGCGCAGGAGCGGGGGGAGGCACUGAAGGAGGACGGCAACGAGGAGCUGAGAAGAGGACGUCUGAGAGAGGCGAAGGACCUCUACCUGCGUGCCCUUGCCGCAUGCCCAUCGGGGCCAACGGCGAGAAGCUACCUCGUCAACUUGGCGAUCGUCUGCUCCAGGCUCGGGGAGUGGGAGGAUGCGCUGCGGCACGUCGAGCGAGCGUUGGAAGCACACGAGGGCUACGUGAAGGCAGAGGUCCUGCGAUGUCGCGUGCUCAUGAACCUCUGGAGGGUGGAGGAGGCGGCAAGGGCGAGCCAGCGCUUCUUGGAUCGCCUGAGCGGGACGGGCAGGGAGGAGGAAGGGACCUCCAUGCGGGAGCUGCAGCGCAAGAUCCGCUUCCACCAGGUCCUGAACUCUCGCGGGUUCACCGUGGACUUGAGCAAGAGCCCAGCAGUGCUGCGGGGCUUUGACAGCAUGAGCGCGUGCGUGGUGAUGUUCAACGCGGCGUACGGGAGCGCAUGGAAGUUCUUCAUGGGAGGAAAGAGCAGCCUGACCUUCAACUUCACCCUCUCCUUCCUCCCCCCCCGCGGCCUCUGGCUCCACGUGCGGCACCUUGCGGCGGCAGGAGGGGAAGAAGGGAUAGAGGAGCCCAAAGCGAUGCUGGACGUGAGGGUCAACGAGCGGUACGUCAAGCACCUGCACACCCUGAAGCCUAGCCAUCACUUCGAGGAGGAGAGCUGGAAGAUCCCCAGCUCGAUGCUCAAGAGAGGCGCAAACAGUCUCUUCAUGCGGUACCUCGACGGGUCCACCCAUCACUACUGGAUCAACCACCUCCUCCUCUCGCCGUCCUCCCUCCCUCCUCGCCCCACCUGA